AAACUAGACAAGCAAGCUUUUGAACAAUUGGAUACUAUAUCAAAAGCCAGUAUUUAUCCUCAGCAAAUUUUAUCUUUUUUCAAUCAAGAUAGUUCAGUUAUAACCAAAUCACAAGAUAUUUACAAUGCUCGUAAAAAGCUUUGUCAUGAAUACCUCCAAGGAAGAAUGCCUAUUCAGGCACUUUUGGAUGAUCUUAAAAAAGGUCCAUUUGAAAUUGACAAACCAAAACUUGUUGUAACAGAUCAUGAGUUAGGGCUUGUUAAUGCACUUGAACAAGAUAAAUGGGCAGAAUUUCUUAAAGGUUGGACAAGUGUAAUAAACUCAAAGACAGAGAAGGAUUUUGUGACUUAA